CCAAAAAAUUGGCUGCCCCUCUCUCGCUCUCUCUCUCUCUCUCUCUGCGUUCCUGUAACCCUUUCUUCUUUGGGCCAAUAAGAAGCGUUCCUUUAACUUGAAGUGAUGACUUGAUGAUCGGAAAUUAAAGGUGCCAAGCCACCUAAAACAAUGGCAUCCUCGCACCUGAUGAUUGGUAGUGGAUCGAGCCGUUGGCUCCCGCCUUUUUAAAACGAUCCGGCUCACCUUCCAUCCAACUCAUCCAAAUAUAAAAUCCGGCACCCUCUCCUCCCCCAACCUCCGCAUCAAUCCCUCUCUCCUCUUCUUGCAUUUUUUCUUUCUUUUUUUUUUUUUUGAUUUCGUCGUCUUCUUCUCGGGGAAAAAAUGAGCAGCUUCGAUCGAUCCAAGAAGAGGAUCCAGCUCUGGAAGAAGGCCCUGCUCCACUUCUCCGUCUGCUUCGUGAUGGGCUUCUUCACCGGCUUCGCCCCCACGAACACCGCCUCGCUUUUCUCCGGCCAGCUCGUCUCCUACCGGCAUAUAAAGAAUUUGGGCAUCUCAGCCGAGCCCGACAAGGGCUUGGAGAAGCCCGUCGAGCCUCCCAGCCUCAACCGAAGCCUGUUGGUCAAGAUCCCGACCGGCAAAGACCUCCCGCUGGAGUCAACUCCUCGAGAUCUUCUGAUUGUCAUCACGACAACUCGGUCCGGCGACAGGUUUCAGGAAGCUUUCUUGAUGAGGUUGGCUCAGACCUUGAGGUCGGUCCCUCCGCCGCUCCUCUGGAUCGUCGUGCAGGCCCAUAACGAUGCUCCGGCGACCGCCGAGAUGCUGAGGAAGAGCGGAAUCAUGUACAGGCAUCUGACCUUCAAGGAGAAUUUCACCGACGCCAAAGCAGAGGCCGAUCACCAGAGGAAUGUGGCGCUGGGUCACAUCGAGCACCAUCGGCUCACCGGGAUUGUGCACUUCGCCGGAAUCUCCAACAUCUACGAUUCCCGACUUUUCGAGGAGAUUAGACAGAUUGAGCUUUUUGGGACAUGGCCAGUGGCGAUGGUGUCGGCAAACAGGAAGAGGGUGGUGGUGGAAGGGCCUUCUUGCAGAUCAUCAAAGGUUGUGGGAUGGCCUGUGGGAGACCUCAGCUAUGGCAUUGGCACCACAAAUGAUAGAACCAGUGCUGAUCCGGGCACUGUGGGCAUUGCCUCAAAACCUGCAAGGAUUAACAUCUCAGGCUUCGCCUUCAAUAGUUCGAUACUGUGGGAUCCCGAGAGAUGGGGUCGCCCGACUUCCAUGCCGGACACGUCGCAGGACUCCUUCAAAUUUGUCCAAGAGGUGAUCCUAGAGGAUGAGACCAAGCUGAAAUGUAUUCCUCCUAACAGCUCCAAGAUCAUGCUGUGGCACCUCCACGUACCAAGAGUCAUUCCUCUCCCGUUCCACCAAAAACAAAACAAGAGGUAAUAAAAAACGAAAGAAAAAGAGAGAAGAAUAGAGGAUCCAAAGAAGGGUUGUAUUGUAGAGAAAAAAUUGUUGCUAAAUCUCUGAUUUCUUUUUGUUUUCUUUUUGUGGGGAAUCCGCCAUCUCCCAAGCAAUAUUAUUUAUUAUUGUUCUUCCGCAUUCUUUUCACUCUGAUUGCUGCUCUUUAUAUUAUAAUGGAGUGGUUAGUUCCUGCUCUCCUGUCAAGAAGCAAACAAAGCUAUACUAAAAACAGCAGAGUGCUAGCGUUUUUCCUAAGAGCCCCAGCUCAAUAAGAAAUGGAAGAAGUUUGGGUUGCGGUGUUUGCAAUCGAAGCAUUUACUAUAUGUCCAUCAAAUUUACCUUUUAAACACUGGAAUAUGAAUGAAGAAGACAUUCUUUUACAGCA